CAGGGCGCGUGCGAGAUCCAGUCCGGGUUUGCAGGCUGCCGAGCACGGGGCUGAGCCGCUGUCCCGCUGCCGUCGGUGGGAUGAGCUCCCCGGGGGAGAGCCGCGCUGUUCCGUGUGCGCCCAGCCGCCUCUGCCAGGAAUAACUGAACUGCACUUCAGAUGACUUCUAUACUGAGAAGGACAUAUGGCAGAAGUUCUGGUGAUGGAUGUCUAAUGUUGGAGUCGGUCCUUCAUCCCUUCUGAGGCAGCUAAAGCCAGUGGGAAGCUCUCUUCUCUAUAUUUGGAUAUUUGAUUGACUGUGUGAGGCAAAGGAAGGAACAUAAUUGUGGAGAGAUUCCCCCACCCCCCAGCACAAGCAGGCAUUCUGUAUAGAAAACCAUGCCAGAGAACUGCUUAGUGCCUUGAAGUAGGAGUCAAAAUCUUAAUGCAAUUUCCCUCCAAGCCAUGCUGUUGUGAAGAAUUUCUUUCAAGCUCUAAUACUGUUUGGCACGCUGAGCCCCUCUGCUCAGGGGGCUGCUGAUGGCACUCUCACAAUUGGCUCGCAAAUAGUUUCUGGUCUGUCGGUGCUCCAGCUGGCUGGAGAUCAUUACAGAGAAGAUGCUGGACCUAAGCUUUCUGACAGAAGAGGAGUAUGAGAAGCUUAUGAAGGUUCUGCAGAGAGAUGCAGAGUUGAAGAAAAAAGACAGUGAUCGUAUCAGACGGUUACAAGGCUCUCUCAAGGAUGAAAAGAAGAAAAAGUUUGUGACUGGUGAAUGGUUUAAUGAAGAGAAGGCAAAACGUUUUCAAGAGGAGCUAGAGGGGCCAGACCUGCUUCGAGCAUCCAUUAGAAAGAAAAAGGAGAAACCGGAAAAUGAGCCUAACGAACACAUCCGGCAGAGCCUGGAAGACACAGCAGCUUCACUGCCAUCAGACACAACCAGUCCUCUCUUCCCUGAACUCACUCCAGACUUGGGAGCCGAGAGAUCCAGUACUACUGCUUUGGAUUCUUCAGAGGAGCAGAAUACCUGGCCAAAGCCAAAACCAAGACACGUCAUACUGCCACCCUCAUUAAAUGAGAGAUCCAGUGUAAAUGAUGUCUCGCCAGGAGAGAGCAACACUGGAGUAAGUACAACAGACAACUGGCAACUGUCUGAAAAAGGUCAUGAAGUACCUCUGUCGCCUGCCAAGCUCUCAGAAGAGGAUAUGGUUCAGUCCAGUUAUUCUUCUGCGGUGGAGGUUCCUGAUGCGCUCAGUGGCACCCCAGCAAUGCAGAACGCUCCCCCCAAAGACACUAAUAUUGCCAGCAAGAUACCAGUCAAGAGGAAAGCAAGCAAAGGCCUGCUCAGGUCAGAGACUCUUGUGAAUCACACAGAGCAGACUGAGGGCAGUGAUGCAAAGAGAGAGUCACUUAAAAGCUCAAAAUUACUGUCUGGAGAGGAAGACAACAAUCUGGUUCUGAAGCAAGGAGCCAACUAUACCAUCUCUUCUAUGAGCAAUAAAGAUGACGAAAUCGGCCUAGAUCGUGAACAGUUCAAGAACCUGAGGAACUUUUGGGAGAAAGGUGCAGAUACUGUAGUAGCAGGUAAUGUUUCAGAGGAGUCCUUUGAAAAGCCCAGUGUGGUAGGGUCAAAUGGGAGAUCGUUCACAUUGAGUCGCUCUCUCUCUAAUCAGUCUAAUCAAAGCCAAAAUGGUGAAGAAAAGUCCAAUGUCUCCAUGAAAACCAGAAUUCCCUAUAAAAGAACAGUGACCUUGUCUUCUAGUGAAGAUGAACCGUGCUACGUAGCCCAUUCAAGGAAGGGCUCAGCCUCCGCUAUGGCCAGGUCUACAUAUGGCAAGAGCAAAGGGGCCGUGGUUACUAGAAAUAAUUCAUUGACUGAAAGUAAUGGGAGGCAGGAGGAGGAGAGAAAGGCACAACGCUGCUUGAGGAGAUCCAAACUGCCUGUGCGAGUGCCUUCAAUCAAAAUAGAUUCGCCCACAAAAGAGGGGCCCAGCAGCACAUUUGAACCAGAAACGCCUGCAGAUGAGUAUGUCAUGCCUGAAGAAAGCAGGCGCAAGGUGGACUCAUUGGCGAGUAGGAUUCAGAUAUUGAUAGAACCUGUACAUUCAGACAGUGAUAGUGAUAGGGAUAAAAGGUCUGAUUUGGGCAUUCAAGAAAACAUGGAAACUAAUGGAGAGCUCCCUGAGGGUAAGACACGUGAGCCUGCAGACAACCUAAAGUCCAAGGAUCCAGCCAUGGAGAGAGAAGCGAUUCAAGGAACUGACUCGGCUAUAUUCUCAGAAGACGACGGGGAUCAAUCCCCUGUUGCCAUGGCUCUGGCACGAGCGAAUAGCGUUAAUCUAGCCAAGAGCAUGGUGAACAUUUACACAACCAGUGAGACGUACAAUAAGCCACAAAUGAUAACUCAUCAACUUCUUGAGCCCGAACGAACCAAAGAGCUGAGCAGAUCCACCCCUCUCCUUCUAUCUGAGACGGAAUCGGACACUGCUUCAGAAAUCAGCUUCCAGUUUAACAGACACAAAAAGACUCCUAGCCUUGGCAGCCACUCCUCUGACAUGGCAUCAGUCUCUUCGGUAAGCGGUAGCGUUCUCAGCGUCUACAGUGGUGAUUUUGGGAGUGUGGAUGCACAAGGGACUGUUCAGUUUGCUCUGGAUUAUGAUGAGAAAAACCGAGAAUUCCAGAUUUAUGUUUCCCAGUGCAAGGACCUGGCUGUGGUGGAUGAGAAGAAAGGCAGAUCUGACCCGUAUGUCAAAACUUACCUGCUCCCAGACAAAGCUAGAAUGGGCAAGAGAAAAACCUCAGUGAAGAAGAGAACAGUGAAUCCCAUUUACAACGAAGUGUUAAGAUAUAAAAUAGAGAAAAUGGUGUUGCUGAUCCAAAAAUUAAAUCUUUCCGUGUGGCACAAUGACCCACUGGGACGUAACAGCUUCUUGGGAGAGAUAGAAAUAGACCUAGCCAGCUGGGAUUGGAGCAACAAGAAACUCAACUGGUACAUGCUGAAGCCACGGAGCCUUUCUGCUAUUAAUGGUGUGGAUCAUCGAGGAGUGAUGAAUCUGGCUAUUAAGUAUGUCCCACCAGGAAGCUUAGGUCCAAAGAAUCCUUCAUCUGGGGAAGUUCAUAUCUGGGUCAAAGACAGCAAGGACCUCCCACAGUUGCGCCCUUCCGGAGUUGACUCCUUUGUGAAAUGUUACGUGCUUCCAGACACCAGUAAGAAGAGUUACCAGAAGACCAGAGUUAUUAAAAGAGACCCAAACCCUGUUUUUAAUCACACUAUCGUGUACGAUGGAUUCCACACAGAAGAUCUGAAAGAUGCCUGUGUUGAGCUGACUGUGUGGGAUCAUGAAAAACUAACUAAUCACUUCCUCGGAGGGAUCCGGCUGGGCCUUGGGACAGGCACUAGCUAUGGUAUCUCCGUGGACUGGAUGGACUCCACACAGGAGGAAGUGGCCUUUUGGCAGGAAAUGAUGUCAGCCUCCAAUGAAUGGAUUGAAGGAUUGCUGCCGCUACGCUCACUGGCAGGGAGGAGGAAACUGAAAUGAAACUUCUGUUGUACAAUUAAAACUGAGCAUAUUCAUUAGAAUUGGGAAGCUCCCCGUGACCAGGGAAUGGAGCCCCUCCCCUACCUGCACAGGUGUCAGGUUAAUUAGAUAAUGAUUGCAUUGUGCUUUAAAGAUGGUAGGUGCUAAGUGGUGUUAAUCCCCCAGUAGAGGAUUUAGAAGAUGCUAAACUGAUGCUAUGCUUGAUUUUAGCAAGAGGCCAAUGGUUACUUUUGUUAAUCAUCUAUAUACUCGAUCUUAGACUUCAUUAGCCUCUCAGUACAUUGGCAGGGAAGAAGUGUAAAUAUAUUUUUUUUUUAUACAGGGUUUAUUUUGUUACUGGAUUUUUGUGCUGUUUUUCUGUGCAGUGAGACAGCUGUAAUAAAGCUGCAGCUUGGCAUUCUCCAUAUUCCCUUUCAAGUGGUACGCGUCAUACUAGCUGCAGGAUUGCAAGCAUCAUCUCAAAAUGGGACCUUUCCAUCGGUCACUGAUAAUGUGGCAAUGACUCAGAGGAAAAAUCCACUUUAGAUUGCUUUGAGAUCCAAGGUGGACCUGCAGAAAGAGGACUGUUUGGAGCAGACAAUGUAGCAACAUGACUAAGAUAUCAGAGAAGAAUUCAAUACAUUUAAUUCCAUACAGUUUUUAUUUGGAAACGAGGAAUGAUGGUCUUUCAGCUAAUGUACCAGCCCAGUAGAUACAGGUUCUAUUCCCAACCCUGCCACAAACUUCCUCUGUGACCUUGGGCAAGUCACUUACUUAAAGGAAAACUGCAGUGGAAUAUAAAUUAGUUUGCACUCAGCCAAAUACAAAAUAUGAUUAAAUCACUGCUGGGCCAAAUCCGUUCUUUCAAAUGCCUUGUGUAUAUAUAAAACAUUAAGUAUGAAAUUAAGAUGUGUAGCGAGCAGCCUUUCUGUCAGACUCAUGAGGUGUAUCAAGAAAGGUCAAAACUACAGCCAAGGACAGGAGGGAGAUUUUUGGAACUGAUGGGAAAGGUAAGUAUUCCAUGACUGUACAUACUGCACCAAAGUAACAAGUUACAUAGUAAAAAGAGCUGGCGAAAUCUCCCACUGCUCCCUGUACCUCUGGCUACUUCUUUGAUCUUCCUUUCUCUCGACUGAUGUCAACAAGUUGCGGUCUGUGUUGGAGUUAUCAUUAAAUAGCAGCUUUUGGGGAUUUUGCAUCUAUCCAGUGCAUAUCAGUAGAGAUUUUGCAACCAUUUUAAAUGCAGCUUUGUAAUUUCCUCUUUAAAUGUACAUACUCUGAUUAAAUAGAAUGAUUUCCCUCAGGUACCAAAUGAUCUCCUUAUACCUAUCGUUAGUAUGGUCUGAGUAAUCCUAUAUAUACAAAAUAAAAUAGAGGCAAUGCCACUAAACAGAAUCAUACUUGCCUAGUCCAGAGUGGUUACUCUUGGAGAAAUUUCUUCUCUAGGUAUCUGACCUUUAAAAGUAAUUUGCAAGGCUGAGUAGAGCUGGUUGAGAAAUGUGGGGGGAAAUCAUGAAAACUGUUGAAGUUUGUUUUCCUUUUGAAGGGUUCAAAACUGAUGCCUUUUUUGGGUUUUGUGGAUUUCUUAAUUUCCAUUUUUUUUUAAUUAUUUGUUUACCAAAGCACCUGUCUUAGAUUUCCAGACUUUCAGCUUACCAAAAAACAGGUCAUAAGUAAGUGAUAGAGAACAUUUUUGAUUAAGAAUAUUAAGACACUUUUUUUCUUUCACAAACCCUGAAAAGUUAAGUUCAUGUAGGUAGCUUUUUCAUUUAAAUUCAUUUUAGUAAAACAAUCCUUUCACUUUUGACCAAUGUUAGAAAAAUGUUGGCCAACUGUAGUGUUGCAGCACUAAGAAAUAGCCCAUAGGACAGUGGUCCCCAACCUUUUUCAUCUGGCAGGCGCCAGACGACGAGCCACAGAGGACCAUGGCAGCGAACGAGCAUCCGCCGAAAUGCCGCCGACAAGCAGCAGCCUCCAGAGGCGUCGCCGCCUCUGGAUGAUUCUGCUUCUCGACAGUGUUUCGGCGGAUGCUCAUCUGCUGGCCAGUACGCGGGCGCACUUAGACUCGCAUUGGGGACCCCUGCCACAGGAAAACAAGAUCAAAUGAAGAGAAAGAGAUACUAAAGAUUGUUCACUUCGCUCACACAAAUUAUCCCAUUGACUAUCUCUGAAGUGUGAACAAAAGGAGCUAGAUUGGCCCCAGGGUUGGGAUUAGCUCAGUUUAAAAUCUUAACUUUACUACCCUGAGUAGCCUUGUUGGUUUCAAUGAAGUUACUCAGAGUGGAUUCAGAUACUUUGAGUAAUGCUUUACUCCAUGGAUAGUGCUAUCAGAGUUGAGAGGAUUACUCCUUGGCUAAGGUGCUACUAAACCCAAGUAAGGGUCUGAAAAUCUGGCCUAUAACAUACUGAUUUUCUGCUUACAUAGGAGCAGAUUCUGAUACUUCUACUGUUUGAAUAGUACCUUACUCUGAGUGGUCCCACUGACUUCUGUGGGACUAUCUGUGGAGUGAAGUGCUAUUUAUUGUGAAUAAUAGGUAUCAACAUUUUGGGCCAUAAUGUAAAUACAUACUUGUUUUUCCUUUCAGUGAUUUACAGUGUUUAUACAUUUGUGAUGAAUGUGCCAAAACCGCUGUUUACACACACAUGAACUUUUCAAAUUACUUUUUAAGUAUUUAUUUCAUAUUAGCAUUAGCUGUACACCCAAGAUUCAGUUCUUUCCUAAUAUGGUGCCAACAAAGUGAAAUAAUCAUUGUUACAGGGCCAAGUUCAUCCCUGGUGUCAAAGUUUGGAUGAGUUUGGCCCAAGAUAUUGUGAUCUAUAUAUUUUUGUUUUUGUUUUUUAAGGUUGCAUUCGUUUUUGGGUGGUGGUUGUUUUGUUUUUUGUAAAUUAAGCCCUGAUUAAUUUCAGAAUUAUUAAUUAUUAAUAAAUGUUGUAUUUAUUAGCACAUCAGAGUAAAAGAUUACACCACCAAGCAUAAUACAGUGGUAACAUAGUCAUGUGUAAUGUAGGAGGUCAUAUCUGCUUCACUUAAUAAACGGAAAGCACUUUAUCAGCAAAAAUGCAAGGCACUUUGUCACGUCAGUGUCAUACAUAGGAGUGGAGGAACCUGUACCAAAUAAAAGAUUAAUGGCCAUUGGUAUGUGUUUUACAUUGACAUUUGUAAUCUGUGAAUUCAACCUGUAAGAGGUAAAGUAUCUAUAUGUUAUAGGCCACUAUAGCACGGGUCCAUGUUAACAUGCGCUGCAGAUUAAUUUGGAAAUAAUAGAUCAAAAGGCUUCUGAUUGUAUUUAUUAUUUUUUUGUAUGAUGGAUUAAACAAACUCCCUUCAAAAGAGAGGGCUUUUCUUAUACAUAGUAAAUAUAUUUAGGUCCAUAAUUCCCCUGGAUAUAAACAUGCAACUUCGUUGAAGUCACGUGUGUCUUUGCAUGCAGCUGAAACCGAAGUUAUGGUCCUUAGGGCUAGAUCCUGCAACCACCAAUUACUGGUGGGACACAAGUAAUCCUAUAGUCCGGAGUAGGCCUACGUGUGUGGGUUACAGGAUCUGGCCCUUUUUUUAAAUGAAAAGGUUAAUAGCGUGACUAGAGCUGGGCAAAUUCUGCAGGAAAAACUCCCUGUGACCAUUCUUCUGCACUCAAGAAUUAACGUGCUUAUGCCUCUUUCGUAUCUGCUUUUUGCAGAUAUCUUGAGUGAAUUUACAAGCAGGAGCGUUUUGCUCAAGUAGCAAAUUUUUAAUUCACCAAUAGCAAGAUGUGCAGAGAAAGUGAGAUUAUAAGAAGUUUUGCUCCUCCAGUCAGGAAACAGAAGCAAACCAUGUGACCUGUGUCUAAUCAGACCUGCUCAGAUUGUUAACCAACUACUUGGCACAAACAGCUCGUGAACAAUCUUUGGGCAAAUUACCAGCAAUAAUUCGGUGAAUAAUCUUGAAGAGUAUCCAGGGGAUCACUUUCUGUACUUGGAUAGGAAAAGUCAACAUUUGUUGAGUAAAGUAUUUGCCCAGCUCUAAUCUUGACCAAGACUGAGAAAAGCAAAACUGAUCUUAUUGCGACACUUUAUAAGCUGAAGAGAGAAAUAUUAGCAGACUCCCAACAACAUAAAUCUAUGUAAUAAGAUGUGUUUAAAGAAGAAAUACGGUAUUUUGUGGGCUGGUUAGAUAAACCAAAAGGAAUUUGUAAAACUGACCUGUGUGUGUGAGAAACAAAAUCAAUAAACCACACUUCAGUUCCUA